GCAUGUGUCAUAGGGACAACCUGUCGUGACAUGCUCGUAUAUCUCUCAACCGUUGUAAACUCAGAUGGAUGCUGAUGCAGUCAAUUUUUUGCAUUGGGAACAGGACAUGGAUGCUGACGGUAGAAGAAAUCAUCAGUAUGUGCCUAGUCAUCGGAGAGAGACAACGGAAAGCAACCAAGCGAAAAUAGGUCCACUGAAAAAACUAGCAUAGAGGUGUGCAACGAGGUGACGUGAC